AUGAUAUUCUCCUUCCCUAGAGCAGCAUCUGCCCUCCUCCUCUUCCUUACCACUUUCUCGGAAGCACAGCCGCCUUCGUCAACCUUUCCGGUCAUUGAUCUCGGCUAUGUGAAAUAUAGCGGCUACCAGAAUGCCACCGCCGGCAUCAACUACUACCGUGGCAUCCGUUAUGCUGCUCCUCCAACAGGCGAAUCACGCUGGGGCAAGCCGUCACCAAUCGAAUACAUGAACAACUAUAACGGUCGGACCAUAAAUGCUUCGACCCUCGGCCCAGCGUGCUAUCAGUCCUCCGCAAAGUCAACCUACACUUCCCCAUCAGCGCCACAGGGACAAUCAGAGGAUUGUCUUCUACUUGAUGUCUUGGUGCCUUCCAACCCGGUUUCAACAGCUCUGCCAGUACUUUUCACCAUUCACGGUGGUGGCUACGUUAGUGGCAGCGCUCCGUUCUCCUACCCUGGCGAUGCUCUGGUAAACCGGUCCAACGGCAACAUUAUCUACGUGGGCAUCCAGUACCGUUUGGGAAUGUUUGGCUUCAUGGGCGGGGAUGUCAUUGCAGAGAAUGGAGCCUUGAACGCUGGUCUUCUCGAUCAACGUGCUGCGUUGGAUUGGGUCCAACGUAAUAUUCGUGCCUUCGGGGGCGAUCCAGGCCGGGUGACGCUUUGGGGAGGUUCGGCUGGUGGUGGCAGCGUAUCAUGCCAGCUGAUCGCCAAUGGCGGCUCUGAUUUUGCUCCCUUUGCGGCGGCGAUUGCGGAUCAUCCCUGGUGGCAACCACUGGUGAACCGGAGCAGCCAGAACAUUCAGUACAAUACGGCGUUGAAACUGUCAAACUGCUCGGAUCUUAACUGCCUCCGAGGCCUGUCGUUUGAGACGCUGGGAGACCUCAACCAGGCGGUGAUCAAUGCAACGUACCCCGGACCUGGGAACGCGUACGGCGUUUACUACUGGGGCCCUGUGGUGGACGGCAAGUUCAUUCGCGAUCUGCCCGACCAAGAAUUUGCCAGGGGAAAUUUCUACAAGGUCCCAUUGAUCACCAACCGUGAUGCUUACGAGGGCUACAUCUUCUCCAACGUCACCCAAACAUCCCAGAUUGACGAGACCACAGACCUACUGACGGAACUUCCGAAACAGGCUGAGGAUCUCUUCCCCUCUGCUGGGCCUUCGUUCUUCUCGCGUCUCUACUCGCUUUAUCCGCGCAGCUCCUUCAACAGCACCUUCUUCCAGCGCCAGACCUGGUUUGGCGACUUCAUCAUAAACUGUCCGACGUACUAUAUGGCCUCGUCCAUGGUGGAUUCGCUCUCCAACAGCUCCGCCGUCUUCAAACUUACUUUUGCUGCCGGCACUGAGCUCCACGGUGCCACCAACCCCUUCAUCUCCUCUAACGUGACAAACUACCCCAGUGCGAACAAUCUAAGUCUGGCACACAUCAUGACGAGUUACUGGGUAAGUUUCACGGUAUUCCAUGAUCCGAAUCCGUUAAGAGAUGCAAGCGCACCAUACUGGCCAAGCUACAUAUCGAGUGGGCAAGGGUCGGAGGCAGACGGGGAAGGGGUGGGCUUUACUAUCCAGGCUGUCACGUAUAACAGUAUAAGCCCAACACCAGAUCCCGACGCGGCCGCCCGAUGUGAUUUCUUCAAUUCUCGGGGUUGGCAGGUUAGGAAUUGA